CCCCUUUUCUUUUCUCACAGUAAUUGUUUUUGUAGGGUUUUAGAAAUUAGGGUUUUGAAUGGCACUGUUACACUCUUUCCCAUCCCAAAUCUCAUUGCUUCAACUUCAAUCCCACAGACAAUUCCCAAUUCCACCAUCAAUCUCCCCACUAAUUUCUUCAAUAUCACUCUCUGCACCAACCAAUCUUCAUUACCCAUCCCUUCAAUCACUUCGCUGUAGCUCAAGCUCGAGUUUUUCAGUACAUGAUGCGUCUCCUUUCACGAAAAUCUUCAUAAAAGGACUACCACAAUCAAUGUCUGAGGGACGUUUGCAGAGGACUUUUUCACAGUUUGGUGAAGUAAGCCAAGUGAAAAUGAUUAUGGAUACAAAAUCCAGGCAGCCUUUAGGGUUUGCAUAUAUCUGGUUUACUACAGAAGACUCUGCGGAAUUGGCAGUGAAAGAGAUGAAUGGAAAGUUUUUUGAUGGCAGGUUUGUUUAUGUAACAAUUGCAAAACCUGCACCAUCCAAAAGUCGGAAGAGACCUUACAAGUUCUAAUUUGAACAGUCUUAAAACUCUUUUGAAGUUAUUAAAAUUUUCCAUUCCCAGGUGGGCAAAAUUAGGUGAGAGGCCGAUGAAUGUAAUGCAAAAAUAAUUAACACCACCAGUUGUUGGUGUAUUUGGGGGAAAGGGGGCACUAAUUAUGGAGUUAGGCUGUACCCAUCAAAGUGAGAAUUUUGCUACCAAGAACUGAAUACUGCAUUUACCUUUUACAUUCAUAAAACCUUAAUUUAAGCUUUGUUACCCUUUAUACUUUCAUUUACGGAUACAACAUGUAACUUGUUGCGAUUAGUAUAUAAUAAAAAUUGUUAGCGAUGGUCAGUGUGAAACAUAUA